AAAGUAAACAUUCUAUUUUCGUUUGUAAUUAAAAUGUUCUACGUUUAGAUUGUAAAUCGAAUUUCCAAUUAUAAUUCAUUAGCAACUAGAAAUAAAUAUUUUAGAUGAUGGCAGCUAUUAUUCGAUCUUUACCAUCCAUUUGUUUUAAAUAUCCAAAAUACAACUCGUCAUUUUUAAAGACCGUUUCAAAAUCUACAAAUUUUCAGGAAACAUGUUUUAGGUCUGAAAGUACAACUCAGCAGAUUCCAAAAUUAGAAGAAUUCGACAAACCCCAAUUUCCUGGCUCUCAAUCUCGAUGGACUGAAAAACUGGAAUUUGUUCGAGGAGAUAUUUACGAUGGAAUUCCAGUUUACAGAGUUAUGAAUCGAGAUGGCAAUAUCAUUGAUCCAUCCCAUGAUCCAAAACUUAGUCAAGAAAUGAUCACCAGACUUUACAAGGGCAUGACGUUGUUAAAUACAAUGGAUAGAAUUUUAUAUGAAUCUCAAAGACAAGGUAGAAUUUCUUUCUACAUGACAAGCUUUGGUGAAGAAGGAACACAUUUUGGCAGUGCUGCUGCUUUAGAUCCUCAAGAUAUGAUUUAUGGGCAAUAUCGAGAAACUGGUGUUUUAAUGUAUAGGGGUUAUACAUUAGACCAGUUUGUUAAUCAGUGUUAUGGAAACAAAAAUGAUAUUGGCAAAGGACGCCAGAUGCCAGUUCAUUAUGGAAUCAAGGCUUUGAAUUUUGUAUCAAUAUCAUCCCCUUUGGCUACCCAAAUGCCUCAAGCUGUUGGGUCCGCUUAUGCUUUAAAAAGAUCCCAAACAGGACUCUGUGUCAUAUGCUAUUUUGGUGAAGGAGCUUCCAGUGAAGGAGAUGCUCAUGCAGCACUGAAUUUUGCAGCUACCCUUAGCUGCCCAAUUAUUUUCUUCUGCCGUAACAAUGGAUAUGCUAUAUCUACACCUACACAUGAGCAAUACAAGGGUGAUGGAAUUGCUGCUAGAGGCCCUGCCUAUGGUAUCCCUUCUAUUAGAGUUGAUGGAAAUGAUAUUUUAGCUGUUUACAAUGUCACAAAAGCUGCUCGUCAAUUAGCUGUUGAGGAAUCAAAACCAGUAUUGAUAGAAGCUAUGACUUACAGAAUUGGCCAUCACAGCACUUCUGAUGAUAGUAGUGCUUACAGAUCAGUUGAUGAAGUGAGAUUUUGGCAUCAAAAGGAUCAUCCCAUAUCACGUUUGAGGAAAUAUAUGGAAAAUCAGAAAUGGUGGGAUGAAAAUAAGGAAAAAGCUUGGAAAGAAGAGACUAAAAAACAAGUUAUGCAAACUGUGGUUAAAGCAGAAAAAUUGAAAAGGGCUCCUAUUGAUGAAAUGCUAAAAGAUGUCUAUGAUGAGAUGCCACCUCAUUUGAAGGAACAAUUGGAUGCUGUCAAAGCUCAUGUGGAACAAUAUCAUGAACAUUAUCCUGUGGAUAAUUAUGAAAAAGCCUAAACAACUGUUGAAUGUGAAAUGUUGCAUUUAAAUUUUUCUAUCAGUGCCAUUGUACCAUAUGGUUUGUGUUCAUUAUUUUAUAUUACAGAGUUAUAUUUUUGUACAGUUGUAAAUAAACUGUUACUUUUUUUCCCAACCUGUGUUAAAUUGGAAAAAAUGAAAUAAAAUUUUGAUACUGCA